CCUUAAAGAAGAAGGAAUCCUACUCCAAUAAGGAGUUGGAAAUUCUCUUUGAGUUCUAUUCAAACAAGGAGAUAGCAAUUUUGUUUAUUCCUUCCUAAGUUUCAAUCAUGUCAAGCGUUGAUGACAAAUCAACCCCUAAAAGCCACCAUGUGGAUGAAUCCUUCAUGCUCAAAGCAAUGCAACAACAAUUUCAAAGGCUUAACAUCAUGUUUGGUGAGAUUAAAGACAAAAUGGAGAAGAAUGAUGCUAAUGAUGAUUUUGAUGACGAUUAUAAAGAUGCAUUCAACAAUGGCGCCCAGAACUCAAAUUUCAGCAUGGAUAGAAUUAUGAGAGGUAGAGGGGGCCAAAGAGAGCAAAACCUGAUAAGGUGGGGAGAUCGGCAAGAUCGUGACUUAGGUAGCAUCAAGAUGAAGAUUCCUCCGUUUCAAGGCAAGAAUGAUCCAAAUUUGUAUUUAGAGCCUACUCAAGGGUCCAGAAGCGUUGAGGAUUAUCACAAGGAGAUGGAAAUCGCAAUGGUUAGAGCGAAUGUCGAAGAGGAUAGAGAAGAAACAAUGGCAUGGUUUCUGCAUGGUGUAAAUCGUGAUAUAGCUAAUGUGGUGGAACUGCAGCAUUAUGUUGAAUUAGAGGAUAUGGUGCACAUGGCAAUGAAAGUGGAAAGGCAAUUCAAGCGUAAAGGUGCCACCACUAGAACUGGGCAAAACUCAAGUUCCUCAUCUUCUUGGAAACUGAAUUGGAGCAAAAAGGAAGAAAAUUCUGUUUUUAAGCCUAAAACUGCAGCAUCUAAAGAAGAUGGAGAAAUUGAAACUGAGGGUGAAUUUGAUGAUGAAUCUAUGCCACCAUUAGAAGAUGCUAAUGAUGGUGUGGAAUAUGCUGUUGAUGGAGAACUGCUCGUCACCAGGCAAGCUUUGAAUGUGCAAGCCAAAGAAGAUGAUGAAGUACAACGUGACAAUAUAUUUCACAUGAGGUGCCAUGUCAAAAACAAGGUAUGUAGUGUGAUUAUUGAUGGUGGUAGUUGUAUUAAUGUAGCUAGCAUUGUGUUAGUUGAAAAGCUUAAUUUACCUAUGACGAAGCAUCCAAGGCCAUAUAAGCUGCAAUGGUUAAACGGUUGUGGAGAAAUCAAGGUAAAUAAGCAAGUUCUGGUUUCAUUCUCUAUUGGAUGAUAUAAGGAUGAGGUACUUUGUGGCGUGGUUCCUAUGCAUGCUGGACAUUUACUUUUAGGGAGACCAUGGCAAUAUGAUAUGAGGGUAACACAUGAUGGCUUCAAAAAUCGCUAUUCAUUUGUCAUGAAGGAGAAAACAAUUACUCUUGCUGUAAUAUCCCAAAAUUUUGGGGAUAUUUUAGCAUUAAAUAAGGGACUUAUAU